UGCUGGAUCUAUAAAGUCUGAAAACUCGGAUUCUCAUCGACACUCGUUCUUCAUCCCCGUCAUAACCAGUGCUGUCUUUCAGAGCUCGAGUCAUCAUGGCAACUAAGAUGGUGAUUCAGCAGCCGAAGCCCCUGGUUUUGGCUCCGGGGUCUGACCAGUGGUCCACCAGCCUCUGCGAAUGCGACACACUCCCAGACUGUUGCUUUGCGUUCUGGUGCUGCCCAUGUUUCGCCUGCAUCACAGCUCGAGAUCACGGAGAGUGUCUCUGCUUGCCCCUGCUGGACAGUUUCGGCCUCAUCCCACCCAUCACUAUGGCAAUGAGAGUGUCUGUCCGACGCACGUAUGGCAUUGAGGACUCUAUUUGCAACGACUGUGUGUUGUCGUUCUGCUGCGGGCCGUGCUCUUAUUGUCAGAUAAGACGAGAGCUGAAGUUCCGCAACCGUCCCGUCACCCUCUUAAGCUUCCGAAAAUAAAACACUUCAUCAUCAUCAGUCACUGAUUCGUAACUUCAACUCUAAAAUGAAGUCAGUUCUGACCCGACGUGUGGACGUCAGCUGGUCGGGUGAGGAAUGAAGCCUGAACACUCUUCAUGAUUCUUUUAAUAUUCAACAAUAUUAUUGAUCUGACUGUUGUGGCACUAUUGGAUGAGAACUGAACUGGUCUGGAUGAUGACAUUGAUGAUCUUUACAACAGAAUUGAAUCAACUCUGGACUGACUUUAAAUGCAUUAUUUUCCUGUUGUCACUGUAAAGCAGCUUUGAAACUAUCUGUAUUGUAUGAAGCGCUAUAUAAAUAAAGGUGACUUUAGGGUAACAACUGAUGCUUUGUUAGAAUUUUAUAAAUAGCCUAUUUUUAAUGUAUUAUGCCAUUGUUCAUGUUGAAAUAAAAAUAAUUGUGAUUAACAACUGCA